GAUGGCUACAGUGUACAUGUAUCCUGGGUGAGUGGACCACCUCCACCUCACUCUACUGUAAACCCAUCAUGCCAUCAAGUGCACUCGCAUGUCUGUUGCGAUUCAGCCACGUCCACGCGCUAGGCCGCAGCACCGGCCCCUUCCACCCCGCAGCCGCCGUCGCGCUCAAUCGCCUCCAACAACAGAGUUUAUGGGGUGUUGUCUGGGCCGCCGGAAGCCACACCGACACCCACCCACAUCCAUAUACUGUACACAGCCUGGAGCCGGUCGCAGGCACGCGUUUCAGGCGAGUUCCAGCUGUGCCUCGCCCAGAAAGCCAGCUCUGCGCAGCGACAGUCACCAUGCCGUCACGUCACGCUGCCGUGUGUGUGCCGUAAGACCCGUAAGCGCGUUUCGGCGUUGCGUUGAUCCGAGGAGAGAGGAAACGGGAGGGGUGAGGGUUGGGGGUCAGUGGAGCCCAGCAUGCCGAGAGCCCAAUGUGCCGAGACGGCGCAGAGUUUAACGGGCGAUCGCGGAUGGCGAUGGGAGGAUUGUGAGAUUGGGAAAGUGGGAAAGUGGGAAAGUGGGAAAGUGGGAGGCGAUUCCGAGCGGGUCGCUUCUGAGCAACAGGGCCGAGAUCGCGGAGACGAGGUGGCGGAGGCGGAGGUGAAUGUGACACAAGUGCCG